GUGGUGACCCCAACACGAGUGGGACAGUCGUACGCCUACAGCCCUGGUCAGCACAACCAACAGGACCUCUAUGACGUUCCUCCCAUGAGACCACAGGGGGUCAGUGUCUCUACUUCUACACAUAACAUAGCAAUCCUUAUGUCAAUCUAUCAGGGAAAAUCUAAAAUGGCACCCUAUUCCCUAUGCAGUUAGCUACUUUGUAUGAAACACUGAGGCUGUGUCUGAAAUGGCUCCCUAUUACCUAUGGAGUACACUAUUUUUGGCCAGGGUCUUGGCCAAAAGUAGUGCACUAUAUAAGGAACAGGGAGCCAUUUCAGACACAGCCUCAGUAUUUUACUUCGCUAAUUCUGCCAUUUAAUGUAAUCUAUGGUAUCCUGAUUUGGGAAUGUCACUGUGUUUUCCAGGUGUAUGACAUUCCUCCUGGGAAAAUUAUGGGAUCGCCUUAUCCUGGACAACAUCACAAUUCUCCCUCCCAAGGAGGAGUCUAUGAUGUUCCCCAAUCCACUCAGAUGGACUCCUGGACACAAGGGGUUUAUGAUAUCCCUCCCUCUAUGCAAAGGGUAUGUCUGAGACCACUCAAACUACACAGAGAAACACUACCCACACUGAGACCGCAUAUAUAAGGUUUAUAGCCUGGUCAUUCUACAUUCUAAUAAAGUCACAAGGAAGCUGUAGCCGUUUUGGUCCGGAAAAUGUUACUAUUUGUUUAUUGAUACAGGCCUUAGUAUCCCUCUUAAUUGCUUGGUAAUAAAUGAAUAAAAUGUCAAAUUAUCGUAUUUAUGACAUUUUCGCGGUUCCCUAAAUGAAAGCGUUGCCUGCCAAUAGUGUUCGAGCAAAACUCGCUGAGUAGCGUUCUCUCUGUCUGUUAACACUCCAGCAGGGAAAGUCAAGGACUAAAUUAUUACGUCUCUGGGGAUAUGUCCCAAAUGGCACCCUAUUCCCUAUAUAGUGCACUACUUUUAUCCAUGCCCCAUAGGGCUCUGGUCAAAAGUAGUGCACUUUGUAGAGAAUAGGGUGUCAUUUGGGAUGCAAACUGGGCCAUCUUACAUUACACCCUGGAUCCAGUGUUCCAGACCCAGCCAAGGCUUAGGGCCAUCAGUUUGUUUGUAAUAACGUGAAAUAUGUGGGAACCCGUUAUUUGCGUGGCUCCUAAUUACAGUUUGGGGUCGGGCCGUCUCGCAGAGAGGAGCAGAUUUCAAGGCUGACUGAAAUCACUUACAGCCCACUCUUUUUAUUUAUCCAGCUCCGCUUUCACGCUACGUGCCAUUUACAUCAUAAUCCAUAUUCCACACUGGACAAUGCCAGAUGUUUAUUGCUUAUGGUUUUUGCCAUAUGCAGGCUGAUACUGAGUUAUGGGGAAGGAAUAGGAGGCUGAGCAUUGAGGUUUGCAUAUAUAGUAUAAACCGAAACAGUUCUGUCAGUUCCUCAAUAUCUAACUGAAAUCAUGUGGUGCAAAGCUUGCUUGUUAUUGAUAUGGGUAAGCUGUAUUUCUGUAGCUAUGACUCAUUGUUGCAAGUUGGUUGAUGCACUGUCUACUCCACUCCUUAUUGUAGUCUAUGAGGCACUCAACCAAAUGCUUGUCUUGUCCCUACAGGUGUACUCUGUGCCUCCCUGCCGGAACACCCCAGCCCUCCAGGAGGGGAACUACGAUUUCCCCCAGCCUCUCAAACAACACAACCAACAGGAGGGCAUCUACGACGUACCCCCGCCCGCCCUCACCAAACCCUCCCCCUUCCCGUCCCCCCAGUCCAACUAUGACUUUCCCCCUAGCUCCGAACCAAUCGGCCCCCACCACCUCCAACGCCCUGUUGCCAGCGACAACGAAGGCAUCUACGACGUGCCGCCCCCCGCCCACCAGCUCUCAGGGGCCGGGCCUCGUGGCGAUCUGUAUGAUAUCCCCAGGGGGAUGCAGCAGCCCCCCUCCCAGCACCGCUCAACCCCCCAGGAGAGGGACAGGGACAGGGGGAAGGGCCAGGGCGUAUAUGAAAUCCCCCCUGCUCUGGGGGACGUGACAGACGGGGUGAACCGCCUGUCCAUCUCCAGCACGGGCUCCACACGCAGCUCCAUGUCCACCUCCUCCACCUCCACCUCCACGGUCUCCAGCGCUGAGGGCCGGCUGGCCCUGAAUGUGGACCAGGCAGUCCAGAGGCUGUGCCGCCUGCAGAAGGCCGUGGAGGCCUCAGUGGGGGCCCUGCAGACCCUGGCCUCCUCCUCCCACUGGAGGACUUACCCCUUCAUGGAGCGCCACACCAACGAGGUGCGCACCGUGCUGGACAGGGUGCGGGCAGCCCUGGCGGACUUUGUGGUGUUCGGCAGGGGUGCUGUGGCCAACGCCACGGCCCUGUCGGACCCCAGCCUGCACAGUAAGCUGAGGAGGCAGCUGGGAAGGCUGGAGGACUCCCAGCAGAUUAUCCUGCAGACCUACCAGAGCCUGGAAAACUGCGGCUGGGCCCUCAAUGCCCUGGCGACCUCCAGCAGCACCAAGCACCAGAUCAAGAGUGACAACCUGGACCGCUUCGUCAUGGUGUCCAGGACAGUGCCCGAUGACGCCAAACAGCUGGCCUCCUCCGUGGGGGGUAACGCCGAGCUGCUCUUCAGGCGGGCGCCAACCAUGGAAGGGUCCUCCUACCCCAGGGGGAGCACACCGGAGGAGGCCAUCAUCCACCCUCUCACCUCCCCGUCCUCAGACAGCGACAACUACGGAGGCCAGACCAAGCCCUUUCCUGUGCCCUCCAACCAAGACAAAGGCAACAUGAACAAUAGUGAGAAAUGUGUGAAGAGCUGGAUGGAGGACUAUGACUACGUUCAUCUGCAGGUAUGUUUCACUCUGACUCUGAUUCUAGUCUGACAUACCACACAGAUGUUACAUUUACUGUACAUAAAACGUUGGUCAUUAAGCAGACACUUAUCCAGAGUGACAUACAGUCGAGCAUUCAAUUUAAGGUAGCUAGGUAAGACAAACGGUAGCUAGGUAAAAUGUUAGCCCCUCACAUCACCAUAUAAUUCCUGAUCUAUGCGUGAGAGCUUAGAUGUCAAUCACUACAUUCCUAUACAGUGUCUUAGGUGUGUUGACACAAUAUUUAACCUUUGAGGGAAACGCUGAUCAGGUGGUGUUGAGCAUGCUAGCUGCAUUAAUAGUACACUCUUAGAAAAAUAGGUGCUAUCUACAACCUAAAAGGGUUCUUCGGCUGUCCCCCAUAGGAGAACCCUUUUUGGUUCCAAGUGGAACCCUUUUGAUUCCAGGUAGAACCUUUUUGGGUUUCAUGUAGGACCCUUUCCACAGAGGGUUCUACAUGGAACCCAAAAGAGUUAUACCUGGAACCAAAAAGGUUCCUACCUGGAACCAAAAAGGGUUCUCCUAUGGGGGACAGCACAGGAAUAGUAGCACAGGUUUAAUUAAAAUUAUGCAUUUUGAAUUACACGUGUACCUACCCUCUGCUGUUUGAAUCUGCUGCCUUGGUUGGUCUUCUCCUCAGUCACACUCUUGUUUCUCCUCAGGGAAAAGAGGACUUUGAGCGGCAGCAGAAGGAGCUCCUGGAGAAAGAGAACAUCAUUAAGCAGAGCAAGGUGCAGCUGGGACAGGAACAGGUAAUGCCUUCUCUCCUCUUUUGGCCAGUCUGGGCCACCAUACUUAGUCAUGCAUAUUCAUGUCUUAGUAUUUUUUCUAUACAUUACAUUUACAGUGUUAAAGGCCCACUCCUCAAUUUGAAAAACAACAAAAUGGUAGCUCUGCCACAUUGGUUUUCUAUAAAGCUGAAAGAUGUGGGCAGAGAAAUGUAUCCACUCUCAAAAAGACUUGUCAUACUGUUCACAUAAUUGAUCGAACAUACAAUAUUAUUCAAACACUCACAGUGGGUGACCUUUCGAGCAUGGGUUCAGAGACAGUGCCUACCUCCUAGAAUAGAGCAGAGCCAGGAGAACACAUCUGGCCCACUCUGACAGAGCAGUCAAACAUACUAGCAUAGAACAGUAUGUAUACCCUCCCGAGUGGCGCAGUGGUCUAAGGCCUGUUGUAAGCGACCGGGAGACCCAUGGGGCGGUGCACAAUUGUCAUCCAGGGUAGGGGAGGGAACGGCCGGCAGGGAUGUAGCUCAGUUGGUAGAGCAUGGCGUUUGCAAUGCCAGGGUUGUGGGUUCGAUUCCCACGGGGGGCCAGUAUGACAAAUAAAAAUAAUGUAUGCACUCACUAACUGUAAGUCGCUCUGGAUAAGAGCGUCUGCUAAAAAUGAAAAACAGGAGAUUCACCUUUUCACUCCUGUAAUCCUGCACCAAUUAUGUUAUGCUCUCUAUGGAAAAAGAAUGAGAAUUCCAUGUAGACUUCUACUAAUAUGAUGAAAUUGAUAUGUAGGAUGUAUUUUCAUCAUGUUUAUUGUUUAUAUGAGAGAUGUCCGUCUCUAUAAUACCACACAGUUUAUCUAGUUGUGUACAUUUAAGAGAAUUGAGAAAUGGAAACAAAAAUAUGAAUCAGACUUUACUCUUUCACCUUCACAGAUUAACCAGUUCAAGCAGUUGGAGCAAGAGGUGAUCAAACCGGUGGAGAAUGACAUCACACAGUGGAUCUCCCACCAGCAUCCGACAGGCCCCUCCUCCUCCCCAUCAGACUCCUCCUCCUCUCCCUCCCCUUCCUUGGCAGGAGGUGGGGCCCAGCUGUGUGGGCGGGACCGUCAGCUGCUGGGCUUCUAUGCGGAGCAGUGCCAGCUGCACUUUGUCACGUUGCUCAAUGCCGUGGACGCUUUCUUCGGCUGCGUGGGCACCGGCCAGCCGCCGCGCAUCUUCGUGGCGCACAGCAAGUUCGUCAUCCUCAGCGCCCACAAACUGGUGUUCAUCGGGGACACCUUGUCCAGGCAGGCAGCCACACCCGAAGUGGCCAACCGGGUGAUGAACUCCAGCAACGUGCUGUGUGACCUGUUGAAGACAGUGGUGGGAGCUACCAAGACGGCCGCGCUGCACUACCCCAACACAGCCGCCGUGCAGGACAUGGUGGACAAAGUCACAGAUCUCUCACACCACGCUCAACAGUUCAAAGAACAGCUGCUGCAGAUGGCUGCUUUGUGAUAGUUUGUGUUGUCA